AUGGUUCUCCGAGGGCACCUAAUACCUAAGGCAGAUGAAGGAAUGGCCUCAGACCAGCCUGUGAAGAAGAAACAGCGAAUUGACGCGCCGGAUAUUGACGAUGGCAGUGAUAGGUCAGCAGAAGAUAUCCUUGCAGAUCUAUUUGAUUCUGAAACACCAGCAGAAACAUCGGAAGAGUUCCCAUCAAGGAAUGGCGAGUCUCCAGAUAGUGGCACCGUUAGUGAAGAUGCAGUGGAUUGUUCGGCCAUGCUCAGGCUCCCUUGUGACUCUAGUAUAGAACUUACACCAUCUGGUUCUAAUUCUACACCUCACUGGACUUCUGAUGAUAACAAGUUGUUAGCUGAACUUCGGAUGCUUCAAAAUGUGCUUGUAGGGCAGUGUUUGUGUGGGUAUGAUGAAAAUGUGGUUUCACAGCUUUUUGAUAGACAACUAAAUAUUGUUUCAUGGCCUCUUACAUGUUCCCUGACCUAUCUCUCUACAAUGCAACUUAUGUUUGAUAUAUAUUUAAAACAAAAUAACACAGGCACUAUAUGCUCAAGGGUGAUGCAGGCAUGUGAUAUUUUUGUUAGGAAUAGGCAUGAUUGGAUUACUGAAGUUGUUGAAUUAGCAGAUCAUAAAAGUAAGUUUAUUACUUUUGUUGCAAGUAGGGUUUUAGCUAGUUUUUUAAUUGUUGCAAAAGACACUGUUGACGAGAACUGGCUUCAGCAAAUUGCAGAGAAUAUUUAUUUGUUUGAUAGAAUUAAUAGAAUAACAGUGCAAAAGAUUAACUUCAGUUUGGAUAUAAUUAAAAGGAUAGUUGAGUGGAAAGAUGUGGAACAGCACCCACUUGAAGAUAGUAAUUACAUAAAUACAGCAGGAAAUGGUCAUGUACAAGAUGAUAACCCUUUUCGAAGUACAUCUAAUUACAACAGUAGUAGUAAUUCACAAAUGCCAUCAGGUUCACGUACUGAUAAUUUGCACAAUGCUUUUUCUAACUUACAAACCCAUGGUGCACCUUCAACAUCAGGUGAGAAACCCGCUGAAAGAGUGGUUACUUUUAAAUUACAUGAGCCAGUGUUAAAAUUCCCUAAUAAUCAGCAGUUAGGGGCGACUGAAAGAGCAGUUACUCCUGAACCCCCACCAGCUAGAAUAGAAAGGGUUAAUGAGAAUGGUUGCGUAACAGUUAUUCUAACAGAUUCUGAAUCAUUUGACACAUCUCACAUAAAAUGUUUAACGAUAAAAACAUUAGAACACCACUGGCCGGUGUUAGUGAAAAACAUGAAGCUCUUGCUACUAAGGUACCUGAAUUUAGCUAAUGCUGAAAACUGUAUACUAACCUUUUUCUCUCUGUGGGAGAACAUAAUAAGUGUUAAGGCCAAUCUUUCCAUUAUAGAUACUAAACCGUUCUAUGCGGACUUGCAAAGUUUUGUUGAUCUACUGAGGAAUACAAUGCUACCAAGUUUAAUAUAUUCACAUCUACUAAGUUUGUUCAACGAGGUCCUGUGUUAUGGUUCUACAUUAGCUUUACAAGAUAUCUUACCAGAAGAGAUAUGUUGUUUAGCUCACUCAAUCGUUAGGUAUGUCAAAGACUUUCGGCUUCUAACAGAUGUAAGAAUACAAAGCAAUAGAAGUGGGUUUGGUUUUUUAGGCAAUGAAUGCACUAUUAUAAGGGAUUAUUCAUUAAGUCCUGAUGUGAACCCUAUAUCAUCUACUAUUCAGUUGGUAGAUCAAAGUUAUGGGGUAGAUGAUAAUGACGAUUCUAGACAUCUGAGAAGUGAUGUAGAUAAAACAAUGUUGCAAAGAAUGUCUUUAUUAGUAUUAAAAUCUGUUGCUGUCACCGUUAAGGAAAUGCGCUGCGAUUCCUCUGACAGCUCAAUCGAUUCUGCAGACUACAAUGCUAUACAAGAUAUGCAAAUUGUUGAGAGGUCUAUUAGAGAUGUUUUAAAGAAACUUGAUGUGUUCAUUAGGAACAGUUUGGAGUUUCAUCCAGAGACUGCGUUCACAAAGAUGCUAAUUCAUUUAUUUAGUGAGCAGGAUGACUAUCUAAUAGAGUCCAUGGUUUGCACAUUAGAUAUAACAGUUGGUAUUGUGUAUAGGAAUUCUAUGUAUCCUGAUUUAAUACCAAUGUUAAAUCCGAUAUCUUCAUUCAUAGAAUUUUUGAAAGUCGUUUCGCAUGACAGCGAUGUGCUUUUAGAUUACUUAGUGAGCAAUGAAACUUGUUUCCUCCUGUACUUAUUAAGGUUUUUGAAGUACGUGAGAAGAAAUUGGCCAAAAUUUUUGGAAACUUGCCAACAGGCCGACUCUGGUGGAACCAGAGGUGUUGAUGACACAAUGCGAGUGUUGAUAAGGUUACGCUUACAAAUAAGUAGGCUGGUGUCGAAAUCUCUGUUCCCAUAUAAUAUCAGCCCCGUUUUAAGAUUAUUGGAAGUAUGUGAAAGCUUAUAUGAAGGGAAUGAAUUUAGCUGA